AAGGUUUCGCGUGCCAGUAAUACAUUUUAAUGUUUUUAGAAGGUCUCUUUCAAUAAGUCUAUACUAUAUAACUAAACUAUUGUUGUAUGUAAAGUAAAUAUGGUUUUUAAAAAUGUUUAAGAAGCUGCAUUUAAAAUUAACUAAAAUGAAGAGCCGCCCCCCCCCCCCCAGACCAGUGGCCAGGCCCUGCGCAGCGCGAGUGCGACUGAAAAUCAGUUUGCGUGCCACCUUUGGCACGUGUGUCAUAGGUUGCCUACCGCUGGUCUACAUAAAACUUUGCUGGUCAUAAUUAAAAUCCCCCUUAACUCUGCCUUUUUCAUGUGGCUAAUGAACACCCCAGCCAUCCCAGUGGCAGCCCGUGAUCCCUCAGCUGUUGAACCAGUUCCAUAACUACAACCUUCUUCAAGCUUUGAGCAACCACAUUGAUUCGGAUGCGCUGGAACGGGGAUGGGGCUGAUUGGGCGUCCCACGCGACACUCGGCUCAGACGACUUCCUCUCCUCGCUCUACGCCCAUUCGUGGAACUGGGGAAAGUCACGUGAUUGGUCGUGUCAUGUGAUAACAUGACCCCAACCGCCUGUCGACCUCUAUGGAGACUUCCAGUAACCCGGAUGUGGCCGCGUUUCAUUGAGGAGCUCGAAGAGCAACGUGUCCUAUUGGCGUUUGCGUUCACAUCCGGGUCUUUCCCUGCCUGUUGCUGCCCUCCCCCUCCAAGAUGGCGGAGCUGAACCGGCAGUUACAGGAGUACCUCGCUCAGUCUAAGAGUGCCAGCGGCCCCGGCCCAGCGGCCCCGAGCUCCUCGCGGCCGACGCCGGACGCCGCUGACGCCGGAGGGGGGACGUGGCUGGGCCGGCUGAGCCCCUUCGCAGGCCGCUCCUCCUCCUCGUCCCCGGCGGCCGGCUCGUGGCCCUGGGCGGCCGAGCCGGACCCCUGGCUGCCGGGGCUGUCGCGCUGGCAGCGGCUGGUGGGGAGCGGGCUGUGCCUGGUGCUGGCCGCGCUCUGCUUCGGCCUGGCCGCGCUCUACGCGCCGCUGCUGCUGCUCCGCGCCCGCAAGUUCGCGCUGCUCUGGUCGCUGGGCUCGGCCUUUGCGCUGGGCGCCGCCGGCUUCCUGCGGGGGCCGAGCCGCCUCCUGCGGGAGCCCAGCCGCGGCACCGUGCUCUACCUCGGCGCCCUGGCCGGCACCCUGUACGCGGCGCUCGGCCUGCGCAGCACCCUGCUCACCGCGCUCGGGGCCGCCGCCCAACUCGCCGCCAUCGCCGGCUGCCUGCUGGCCCUGCUGCCCGGGGGCCCCGCCGGCCUGCGCUACCUCGCCGGGCUCCUGGGCGGCUUCGUGCGCCGCCGCGUCUCCAAAACCCUGCCCGUGUGAGGGGCCGAGCAGACCCAGUUGGGGGCUGAGACCGGCAGGCCCCUCCCCAUCCCCAGGACGGAUCUUCGCUGCUAUCCCAUGAGGCCGAUCGCCUGUCCCUGCUGGACAGAUGCGGAGGAUACGGCGUCUGGCUGGGCAACAGCCUUUCUGAAUACAGGGCCACAGGCUAUCAGCGUCCCGCCCCUCUAGCGCAGCUUGCACGGCUGCCUCCGGGGUAUGCGGUUCCGAGGCAGUAGCGGGGCGUGGGUGUCCUGCUGCUCGGGGGUAGGGGGUGACUGAGCGACAAAGCCAGUGCGGUUCCCCCCUCCCCCCGGUCCUAUUGAAGGCAAGUUCUUCCUGCACAAUCGGUGCGCUGCGGUGAGGGAGGAGGCAGCUGGGAGCUGCGCUCUGUGCAGGCGCCUCCUGAGGACGGGGACCUUUACAAAGAGACUUGGCUGUAAGUCGGAAGAAGCUACUUGGGAAAGUUCAGGAAAAACGAAUCAAACUUGACAGUUAAUGUGGACAACAAGAGCGAAACCGACCAAAGGAAGGAGUUUUCCUUCUCCAAGGACCAGUGUUGAUGGAGCUAUGGAACAAUUUUUCUCCUUACCUUUGAACAGUGCAACUAAAAUCCUAAAGUUGCAUCUAUGACUAUGUUUUUGUUGUUUUUACUGUAUUCACAUGUAACAUAUUUUGUGCCAUAAUUCCCAGUAUAUGUUUUGCCUUAUCAGUGCAAAAUGAGCUUUGUAGCAGGAUGCUGGAGUCUGUGUCCUGUUCUGGGUGGUAGAUGAAGGAUUACCAGAUUCCUAUAUCAAGUGUAGGAUCACAUGGCUGAAACACUUACUUUGAAAGUGGCCUAUAA